AUGCUCCCCGGAAGCCCUGCAUCGACACGCAACGCUGGGGCAGACAUGCUCCCCGGAAGCCCUGCAUCGACACGCAACCACAUGACACCACAUGACCUGAAAGGGCCCCGAGACACCACGACAACUGGGAACUGGAACCAGUCCCACAACAACCCUGGAGAACCACAUGCAGAGGGGACCGUGGUCACUGUGUCAUCUUGCUUUUCAUGCACAGGUGAGGUGGCUCUCUGGUCCCUGGUGGCACUGGCCGUUGAGAGAUACAUAGUGGUUGUCACGUUUCAGGUCUUGGUCUGCAAACCCAUGGGCAGCUUCAAAUUCACCGCCACCCAUGCUAUGAUUGGCAUUGUAUUCACCUGGAUAAUGGCUAUGUCAGGUGCUGCCCCACCCCUUGUUGGCUGGUCCCGGUACAUUCCUGAGGGCCUGCAAUGCUCCUGAGGGCCUGAUUAAUACACCCUCAACCCAGACUACAACAAUGAGUCCUUUGUGAUGUACAUGUUCAGCUGCCACUUCUGUGUCUUCCUCAUUUUCUUCACAUAUGGCAGCCUGGUCUGCACAGUCAAGGCGGCUGCAGCUCAACAGCAGGAAUCUGCCUCCACCCAGAAAGCAGAGAAGGAAGUGACACGCAUGGUCAUCUUGAUGGUUUUUGGCUUCCUGUUGGCCUGGUGCCCCUAUGCUAGCUAUGCUGGCUACAUCUUCAUGAACAAGGGAAUGGCAUUCUCUGCCCAGAGCAUGGCUGUACCAGCCUUCUUCGCCAAGACCUCAGCCAUUUUCAACCCCAUCAUCUAUGUGCUCCUAAACAAACAGCGAGCUCCGAUGGAGCUACAAGACCCAGUGCCCGGGGAAGAGCAUCCUCCCUCGGCCCCGCCAAAUUCAACUUCUGCAGCAAUUUCUUGCCUCUGCAACACUUCAAAACUAGACCCGGACCUCAUGGAUGAGUUAGGUUGA